AGUCCAUUCUCGUUACUCGGCUUAUUUAAUUCCAUGAUAAACUAACGUGAUUUAAGUCGAUAAUUAUAUACGAGGAUAUGUGACAACAAACAUUCAUACGAUCUAAUUGGAGUCAGAUCCACGGGCCACUAAAAGCUGGAGAGGACUGCCCAGGACAGAGUUGGAUGUAGGAUGCUGGUGAGCGGCCCAUCCACCUCCAUGGAAGGUAACGAGUGUAACUAUGUGGAUGGAUUUGCGUGUAUAUAGCAUGCAAUGCUCUUUGAACCUAGCACACAACAAUACCGUCAUGCACUGCACAUUGCCCUUUCUCAGAUCAGGCAACUCGAAAGUAACGAAAACACCACCGAAUCAUAAGACGAGAUAGGUAUACCGGUCAAUAAAAUAUAAACCACUGGAGACUAGGGUGAAUAUCACUAAGCCGGCGUACAUGGCGUCCAGCAGGAAACCAGGUGCAUGCUUCAUUAUAUAUUUUUGGGUCUUAUCCUUCCACAGGAUCACCUGAGAAAAGCUUGUUAUGAAUUUCGCUUCCUCUAAAUAGUCUAAUUAGGCAAUCCACUUAGUAUCAGACGAAUAGCAAAGCCGCUAAAACGACACCAACCUAACGACCUUACUAGACCAUUCAAUAGAUAGUAACGACUGACGGUAUGUGCAAAGGUCAGGGACAUAAUCAACGACGACGUCGAACCAAUCCCUUAAGUCAAGCGUGUUUAUUGAAAAUUUAUGUCUAUCCUUCGCCCUUUUCAAUCUUUCUCACAGAUCGAUGAAUUUAUUGGAUAUUGAAGAUCGGCGUCUUCGAGCGGCUGCGUUGCCUUAUGUUUCGUGUGCCAGUGUUGAAAAGGCUUGGAUGUGCGUUUACGUCCAUAUGUACAGACAUCUCACGAAAAAGUACUUUAGAGUUGGAUCAUCACUGUUCUUUUUGCAUACUGACAUAACGUACUUAGUAUGCGUAUACUAAGAAAAUAAUUAUUAACCACAAAAAUCAUAUUACCUUAUGUACUUCUUUCAAACAGGUCUCAAAAUUGUCCCAACUUGUAAAUCUUCGAGAUAACAUAAUAUCAUUGAAGAUUCGUCCUAUAUCAUGCAUCAUCACGAUGGCAUCGUCUUCGUUACUUGAAGAAUGAACGUUACCAGACAUGGUGUGGCUGAACUUAAUUCAAUCUAAAAAUGUACAGAAUACUGAGAAGUGAUUUCGGACCUAACUUAUUCUCUCUCUUUCUUCCCACUAGAUCGGGACACCUCAGAGGACAUAGCAGGCGAGUAGAAAAGCCAAGAACGAACAAAAUACCCGUGGCAUACAGGUUUUCACACCGAGUCAUCAAUACUUGGAACCUGCUGCCUGAAGCAGUGGUGUCCGCACCUUCAAUUGACUCUUUCAAGAGAAGACUGGACACUCACAGAAGCAUACUAGAAAAGGAAUAACAUAGGCCGUAGGCCUUCUGUCCUUAGUACACAAAUCUGAAUCUGAUUUGACCGCUUCUGAAAAUUUUCACGAACUGUCGAUGUGACGCACCAAUCAUUUUGCGACAGUUUGACCUUCAAGUGCUCGCAACCCCCAUCAGUGAACGAUACCCUAGGAGCGUUGCCGUGGUAUAGUAUGUGGGUGGUGUCUGGACAUUAAGUAAAUCUAUAUAUCAUAGUUAGCUUACGCAUUUAAAAAGUUAGUUUUUAUACAAAGAACAUCAGCGAAUACCAAGUAUUGACUGUGGAGUUUUUUAGUUAAGCAUGUGCUUGUGGAGACCAGACUUUUUGACAUGGUGUCACCUGACCACCUUUUGAAAUCUAGUCCAGAAACAUCACUGAAACAGAACUCAAUUUCACUCAAGCGAAGUACAGGGCAUUCGGUGCUAGUGAAGUAUAAAUCGUUGGUAUUGGGAAAAUAACUUUCAGUUAGUAUUAUUUUUACUAACGACUAUUCACAUCGAUGCUCAUUCAUAGCUAGUAUGGUUGUUGGCUGGAUAAAAGCCAUGAGUGACUGGACCGAAACGUGAGAUCGUUAUGCAAUGUUAAUGUAUAUCAGCAUGAUCUGUGUUGGCUGAUACAAACUAUGUGAUCGGGAUCCUAACGAUGGUUGUAAUUAAUGAUUUAAGACGCACAAAUUCAGUUAGUGACCUAGGAGCAUAUGUUCCUUAUCUGCCCCCACAUUUUAAGCUUCAACAUCCAUAGUCUAUUCACCACUAAAACCAUAUUCUGUGUUUAAUAUAUUUUCCAUCACUGUUAUUACCACUACCAUGAUAUUCAUCUUAAUGUUAUCUCGCUGUAUCUUUGCGGUACAUGGACUUGAACCGAUAGAUAUUUGUCGUAUGACGCUCACGGUUGAGUGACUGGAAAAAGAGGUUAUAGCGCCCUUUAAUAUUGCUUUCGCUAGGUCUAUUUCUGAUAAAUUUGAGUCUACAAAUGGUUUCAAAAUAAAUAACUGGGUCAUUGGAAGUACAAAAACUCAGACUUAACUGCAAGUCAUUUUGUAAAAUGUGCUGUUCUGAUUGCAGUAAUUCUCGUGAGUUUCACUAGGGUAAUAUUCUCCAUAGUCCAAUCAGAUUCAACGAUCUAAUGCAUCAUAUAUGUUAAUAGUUUUGCCUGGGAACCAAUCGGUCAUUAGUUUAUUUCCUUGUAAUUUCAAUGAACGUUAAUUCAACUUAUCGAAUGUGCUGUAGACGUUUGAUCGUCCGUUGGAGUUUCUGGGAUUUUCAAUCCUUUGGUAUUCAACAAGGAUUCCAACUUUUAAGAUUCUCCAUCACUUUCCACCAAUUGGGGUUGCAAUUUAAUAAAGGAUAACACUAAGUACAUGAAGCCAGUCACAUAAAGUUAUUGAGCAGAAGUGUAGGUUAAAGUUAUUCAUCAAAACCAUAUGUCCCCAGCAUAACAAAAACAGUCAACGUUUCCCGGCUUUCCAUAGUCACAAAAUGGCACUUCCAAAAUCGUGAAUCGCCCAAAUGCCCUGGUAUGACCGAGAGCGGGUUGGGUUCGCCCUCCCUCUCGAAAUACUCUCACACGGCCACGCGUAUACAGCCUCUGCCAGGGAAGUCCUACUCACUGCCUUCUCGCACCAGGUGUGUUGUUUACGAAAAUGAGAGGACGAAAAGCGAAUGUCCCGCGCUUUAACCGGAUCCCAAACCAAAUCAAUGGUGCACAUGGGUUCCAGUAUCCUGCGGGGACAAAUGGCGUAUGAACCAAUUUUCGGUCACCGGCUACCAUGGGACUGCAUAUCCUUACGAUGCUCCACUGCCUUGUGGGUAAGGCCUUCAGGUCAAAGGCUCGGGGUGUGGCCCCCUAAGAUAACCACCUGUUGCGGUCUGGGCACCCGGGCAGCAUCACAGCCCACACACAAAUGAUGAACUGCCUUUAAUUAUUGAAACUACUUUUCUUGCUUCAACUAACAAUCAAAUGAUUCAAAUUAUUACUAUUAUUGUGACUAUUAUUAUUAUUAUUUACUACGACAUUAUUCACCCUCUUUUAUCCCUACUCUGUCUAUACUUAUUUUUUCGACUUAUACAGCAGCUCAUCUUUGGUGGAAAUUCGACUCUAUCUAAACGUACUCGAGUCACUGUCCGGUUGAAAAUUGUAUGUUACCACCGAAUAUGAGUACUGAAGCAGUUUUUCUGAAACCACGUGCACCAUUCACAAACUGGCUACCUUCAACAUUCGCACAUUUAUGCAGGUUGGACAACAGAUAGGGCUGGCUAUGUCUUUGGAAAGUCUUAAUAUUGAUGUUUGUUGUCUAUCCGAGACCCGUAUUCAAGACUCUAGCGAAGUACUACAAAUUCGCUCUACAUCUGUCACUUCAAAAAGCUUGUUUUACGUGCGCUUAUUCAGGGACCCUGUGGCAUCUUCGUCUGGUCUUGCAGGCGUUGGUGUCACACUAAGCGCUAGAGCUGAGGCAGCACUAGUCGAUUGGAUCCCCAUUAACAGUCGGUUAUGUGCUGUUAGAUUAGAAAGUUCCAUCAAAGUGAGAAAUCGGCGUGAGAAACUAUGUCUUUUCGUCAUCUCCGCCUAUGCCCCGACAGAUUGCAGCCCGGAUGCAAUCAAGGAUGAGUUUUAUCAUCAGUUAUCUGUUUUUCUCCAGAAAGUGCGUUCGACAGAUAUUGUAGUACUAGCCGGAGACUUGAGUGCUCAGGUCGGGCGUCUAGGCGGUGUGUGUCUGAGAAGUUUAUUAACAUCCUAAAAGCCCUAUAUAUAAACACCUCAGGCAGAGUGAGGGCUCACAACUACAUCUCUCCAUUGUUCCAUUCGAGCAGUGGGGUUAGACAGGGUUGCCCAAUCUCAUCAUUCCUCUUCAACUUUGCCAUCGAUGACAUUCUGUAAACAGCUCUGAUGGAUGUAAGUAAUGGUGGUGUGGAUCUGUUGCUUUGAGUAUGUGGAUGAUAUUGUCUUACUGUGCGAUAAUGCCCAAGCCAUGCAAUCCGCACUUAAUCAGUUGGCAAUCAGUGUCCGUAGGUACGGUAUGAGCUUUGCACCUUCAAAGUGCAAAGUACUUCUACAAGACUGGCAGGAUUCUAAUCCUGCACUCACUCUGGAUGGUGAGCAGGUAGAAGUAGUCGAGAUGUUAUUCUGGCUGUAAAAGGUCGUAUCUACAACGCGUCGGUGAAAGCAGUUCUGCUCUAUGCUUGUGAAACCUGGCCUCUCCGAGUUGAGGAUGUCAGACGACUCUCUGUGUUUGAUCAUCGUUGUCUCCGAAGGAUUGCUGCCAUCCAGUGGCAACACCAUGUUAGUAAUGCAAAGGUUCGGUAUCGUGUGUUCGGGCGCAGAGACAAUAAUCCAAUUGGUGUCACUCUCUUGAAACAUCGACUUCGGUGGCUUGGACAUGUUCUACGAAUGUCGUCCCAGAGGAUUCCACGUCGUGCAUUAUUUGCCGUCGCUGGGACUGGUUGGAAAAAUCGGAGAGGUGGUCAGUGUAUGACAUGGUGUCGUGGUAUGAGAGAAAGCUACAAAGGACUGGCUUGUGUUGGUCCUUCACGACUCCCUGACUGGGGUACGAGAGAUGGUGCGACACAGUGGCUAGAGAAGUUAUCAGAUAUGGCUGAGAAUAAAAGCCAGUGGCGAUCCUGCUGUAACCUUUUAAUUUCUUCAUAAAAAGUGAUUGUAUCUUCCUUAACUGAAAGAUUUCUUCUGAUUGAACCUUUCCGUUUCCCCCAUUAUUACUAUUAUUUUUAUUACAGUACCUUACUUCAAUGUCUUCGUUAUCGUUCUCUUUUUUUACGCUCCUUACCUUUUUUCUUUUUCCUUCUCUUUAAAUUCUCAUUGUUUUGUGUGGCGCAUAUAUAUUGGCGCUCUCUUGUACCAAUAUUUCUAUGUUCAAAUAAAUAAAUAAAUUUACUACAACUUAAUACCAAGAUCUUUAUGAUAAUAGCUUUUAAACUAAACUUUAAAUAGUCCAUAGACAAGUAAGUCAUGCCAUACAGUUUUAUAAAGAAAAAUAUACUCAGCAAUAUACAUUUUUGUGUUCAACGUAACUUUAAAUAUUAAUUUUCAUAUCUAUUUCUACAGGUUAUCACCAAUCUUUAAACUUUUUCAUCAAAUGCGGAAUUCUUCAUUUUAUAUUACCAAAUCGAUCGUUUAUGAGUGCUUAUCUCACAGUCCAUUCCGACGAUGCAAUUUUUCUAGUGAUUCCGGGGAUUCACAAUGUUUAACAAAGCCUCGAUAUAAAUGGGCUGUAUAUGGCAAAAGUGCAACUGAUAAUGAUCCACAUAAAACUUCCAUAAUUUUAUUCCCAGGACAAGGAUCUCAUUUUGUCGGAAUGGGCAAAAAUCUUGUAAAGUUACCGAAGAUAAGGCAAAUGUUUCAAUGUGCCAAUGAAAUAUUGAGAACAGAUAUUCUUCGUAUUUGCCUUGAGGGUCCUGCUUCAAAACUAUCAAAAACCAUUCACUGUCAACCAGCUACUUUUAUAAUUUCUUUAGCAGCCCUUGUAAAGCUUCGAGAAGAAAAUGACGAGGUUUCUAUGCCAUAUAAUUCACGCUAUAUGUUUUAAGUUAAUUAGAAAUUGCGUGGUUACAGCAGGGUUUAGUCUCGGCGAGAUCAGUGCUUUAGUGUUUUCGGGUGCCCUGACGUAUGAAGAAGGUCUGCAUAUCAUUCGUGUCCGAGCAGAAGCCAUGCAAAAAGCUUGUGAUGAAAAAGCUGGAGCAAUGGUUACUGUUUUCCUCAAUCCUGGAUCCCCAUUAAAACUUUGUAUAGCAGCAGCUAUCAAUCAUUGCGAGGUUCGCCAUAAAAUCCAGAACCCUUGUUGUAAAGUUGCUAACUAUUUAUAUCCAGAUUGCAAAGUUAUCGCUGGAAAUAAAGAGGUAAUAUAUUUCAAAUCAGGAUAAUAUUUUUUGAACUCCAUACAAUACUUGCCUAUCAUAAUCCCUUACUUUACCUAUCAACAAUAUCUUUACUAUAUUUCUAAGUUAUAGAAAAGGAUUUGUAAAUAUCUCUUGAUUUAAUUACUAAAUAAUAUAGUCAGUAUUGCAUUAAAUAGAAUCAGCACAGAGGAUAAAAAUGCCUUCAUUAAUGUUUACAUCUUCGUACUUAUACAGAGUCACAGAUUCAAAAGAUGUGGUCAUUAUUAUGUAGUGUUUUUCCUUACUGGAUUUUCGUUUGCCAUCCCAUCUAGAUUGUACUUCUGUGGUUGUUUGACUUAAUACACUGCUCAACUUCAGUAAAAAUACGUUUCAAUUAGUUUCCGGAGACUGGUUUAUUUUAGUUUCAAUCUGACUUUCUGUUCACUGGGUGAUUUAUCGCUUACUUAAUACAUGAAACCAUUAUAUACAACAGAACUCCGUAAAUUUGUUAUUCUUUGUGCAUCCAAUUAGUGUUGUUCUCAUCACAAAUUCGCCAAUGCACCUGCCUUCUCAUGUAUGUCAAUAUUCAUAUGAGCCCUUCUGUUUUUAUUUAUCAAGUAUGGGUAAUUAUAAACAGCUUCGAUGUUCAGUUUUCCUUGGUGAAAAAACUAGACACAUUUGAUAUACAAACGUUAAGAACUCACGCUCUACCCUUAGAGUUACAUCCUACUUAGAGGUCUCCUUAUCAACAUAGAUUAUGAGCUUAUCUACUUCUAUUAAAUAAAUAGUUCGGAAAUGUAGUAUUUUAAGCUCAGUGAAACUAUAUGGUUUUGUUUUACAGCUGCGUAUAUCAUGCACUUGUAGAUAAGCAGCUACUAUCUUAAAUUUUUACUGAUUUUGUUAAGAUUAACUGCAUAAAAUAGUUAUUCCCUAGUUUCAUUUGGAUUUAAAUCUUCCUAUCAAAUAAUUUCAGGCAAUCGACUUUAUUGAAGAUCAUGCUGGUCAAUUUGGAAUACGUCGAACUAAACGAUUACCAGUUGAUGGGGCUUUUCAUACUCCUUUGAUGUUCUCUGCCCGGAAAGUUAUUGCUAAUUCACUAGAUAGGAUGGGGAAUUUCCGGAGACCUUCGAUACCUGUUAUUAGUGCCGUAGAUGUGUUACCGUAUAGAGGUACAAUGAAUAUUAAACGAAAACUUGCUAUGCAGGUUAUCCGUCCUGUAAGAUGGGAGCAAACGAUGUAUGCACUAUAUGAUCGCCCAACAGAUGUCCCUUUUCCUCGUACAAUUGAAGCCGGUCCUGGCCGACAACUUGGUGCGAUGCUGAGGAUGGUCAGCCGUGGAGCAUUUGAUGGUUACAGCUCUAUAGACGUGUAGAUAUUGUCAUUCUCUUCAGCUGCAUUUAAUGUGUACCCAUGUAUAUACCAACCAACGUGUACAGCUAAACAAAAUAUAUUAGCAAAUUAAACUCAA